GGAUUUCAGGAAGUAAAUGGCAGUUGGACCGAAACGCUGCAGAACCGCUGCGUGAUGGAGCAGAAACCCUUCUCACAUUAGCGGAGAUUUUCAUGAUAUCGGUUCAUCUGGAGGUGUUUUAGCUGCUUGGUGGACUAAUUAGCGGGUUUAAAGCUGUAGUUUGUAUUGCCGGUGGAGUAAAACUGCCAUCUAGGUGAGUUCCUUCAUACACAAGUGUCAGGAAUGUAUACAAAUUAAUCAACCGGAAGUGACGCAUGCAGUGACAUUAGCAGUGCUGUGCUGUCAGGUGCAGGUGACACUGUAAGGUGACCCCAGGUGUGUUUUCCAGGUGUGUGAAAACCACACAGCACCAUGAUGGAGUCAUGCUUUAAUGAUAAGGUGCCCAGGGCUGAGACCAUCCUGGUAGAAGAUCUGAGGAGAGACCUUCGCUUGGAUCUGACUGAAAUCGCAGAGGCUCAGGACUCCAGCUGUUUGGACAGAGAGUUUUUACAGGUGUAUCUCCGGAUUCGGCCGUUCUCACAGGCUGAAAUUGAAAGUGGAGAAUCCCAGGACUGCAUCAACAUCCAGACUCCUGACACGGUCCUCCUGAAAGCCCCGAGGUCCUCUCUCUCAGCCCGAGGCAGUGAUAAACCCCUCCCCCAGACGGCACAGCGCUUUCAGUUCUCUCAGGUUUUUGGAGCAGACACGUCACAGAAGGACCUGUUUGACGGCACGGUGAGGAAUCUGGUCAGAGAUGUUCUGGAGGGAAGGAACUCUCUGGUCUUUACAUAUGGAGUCACAAAUGCGGGGAAGACCUUCACCUUCUUAGGACCAGAACAUGACGUAGGCGUCUUGCCGCGCUCCUUGAACAUGAUCUUCAGCAGUCUGGAGGGUCGGAUCUUCACUCAGGCCAGCGUUAAGCCUCACCGCUUUCAGGACAUCCUGAAGCUCAGUAAGGAGCAGCAGGUGGAGGAGAACAUCAGCAAACGCAACCUCCUCAGGCUCCUCAGAGAGAACGAUACUCAGAAAAACACAAGCAGCCAGAGCUCCAGCUCCAGAUCUGAAGGUUCGGACCUGGCCAAUCCCGACAGCUCGACGUGCGACAGGAGCUUUAUCACAGACACGGGUCUCCGCUCCAGGUUCUCCGUGUGGGUGUCGUUCUGCGAGAUCUACAACGAGAACAUCCACGAUUUACUGGAGCAGCCGAGCGGGACCGCGAGCCGCCGGGUCAACCUGCGCCUCUGUCAGGACACCAAGGGGAACUCGUUCAUCAAAGAUCUGCGCUGGGUGCAGGUGAACAGCUCUGAUGAAGCAUUUAAAGUCAUGAAGCUGGGCAAAAAGAACCAAAGCAUUUCAUCCACCAAACUCAACCAGCUGUCCAGCAGGAGUCACAGUAUCUUCACGGUGAGGAUUUUGAGGAUCGAGGACGUGGCCUCUCUCAGUGUGCAGUCUGUCAGUGAGUUGUCCCUGUGUGACCUGGCCGGAUCGGAGCGAUGCGGUAAAACUCAGAAUAAAGGCGAUCGACUGAAGGAGGCAGGAAACAUCAACACGUCUCUGCUCAGCCUGGGGAAAUGCAUCAACGCUCUGAAAGGCAGUCAGCAGGCCAGGCAUCACGUGCCGUUCAGGGAGAGUAAACUCACGCACUACCUGCAGGGCUUCUUCACGGGCCGCGGGAGAGCCGCCAUGAUCGUCAACAUCAACCAGUGCGCCUCCAUGUACGACGAGACGCUCAACGUUCUCAAGUUCUCCGCCGUGGCACAGAAGGUGGUGGUCCUCAGCGUUCCUGCCGUCAUCCCGUUGGUGGUGAAGAGGAGUGCGAGGGAGGUGUCCUUCAUCAUUAACAAGGCGACUCAGCGGGAGGCGAGGCGCACGUCCCUGGUGCGAUGGGAGCACAGCCGGGGAGACGGGGAUGAAGACGAGGCGUCUGAGGAGGACGAGGAAUGCCUGCUGGAGGACACUUUACAGGAGGAGGAGGAGGAGGAGGGGAAAGAGACGGUGCUGCUGGAUAAGGAGGUGUAUGAGAAUCAGCUUCUGCAGUUAGAUCAGCUGCAGGAACAGUUGAAGAUGACGAGGGCGGAGGUCGUAGCUGUGGAGGGUCGAAUCCGAGAGGAAGUGACUAAAGAGUUCUCGGAGCUUUUUACUCAGAUGCAGAACGACUACAAUGAGCGUAUCAGUAAAGAGCGGGAGAUGGUGGAGGAGAGGUGCGAGCGCCGGCUGGAGAUUUUCAAACGUUUAGUGGAGAAAACCACCAGAGAACCACAGGAGGAGGAGGAGGAGGAUCCUGCUAAAGCACAGGAGCCUCCAUUUCUAGAUGGAAUGCUCGACUCCAUGUCCUCUGACCUGGUCGGGAUUAGGAAGGAUGCUGAAUCGGCUCAGUCAUGCCUGGUGACCUGCAGCACCCGAAACGCUGUAACGCUUCGUGACCUUGAGAAAAAGGUCACGGAACUGACUGAGAAGCUCAGCGAGACACAGAAGCAGCUGGAGAGCAGAACCCAGGAGGUGGAAGCUCAGUGUGGCCUGCUCGAGGAGCUGGAGAACAUGAAGAAGAGUCGUGAGCAGAGACUCAGUGAUCUGAUAGCGAUGUGUGUGGAGAAAGAUGAUGAGAUCACUAAAGUUCAGGCAGAACUCGACCGAGCCGUAGAGGACAGGGCCAAGAACCACGCUCUGAUAAAGGACCUCCUCCAGCACAAACGCAGCUGCACAUGCUCAGAGCGCCGAACGCACCCCGAAACCCGGAAGCGCAGACAGGAAGGGGCGGGGCCUGAGGACCUCCACGGACAGCCCCCUUUAAAGAAAGGGUCUCUUAAGGACAUGAUCUCAGAAGAUCCGGAGAAAGAGGAGGAGACAUUUAUGGCUGAGGUCAAAGGGUCUCCGGGUAACGACCGAUCGAUGGCUGAGCUCAAAGGUCAGGUCGAUCGUCUUCAAACCGAGUUGCAUCAGAAAGAUGGGCGGAUCACCGAUCUGGAACGGGAACGCCAGGCUCUGGAGUCCUGCAUCCAGGAGCUGAAAUCAACGCUGGAAAAAGAGACAAGAUCCUGUGCCACGUUUCUACAAGAAACUGAGCAGAAGAUGGAGGAGGCGCAGCAGCGAACGUUUCAAUCCAUCACCACCAGGAUGAAGGAGAUGGAGGAGAAACUGGCCACUGCAGAGAAACACUGCGCUGUCUGGAGAACAUGCAAGGGACCCGAGAUCGAGCACAAAAACACGCUCAUUAAACAUCUAGAACAGGAAGUGUCCCGGCUCAUGCAGGAAGCGGGACGUUUUGACGAGGUGAAGUCCACACGUGACGAGGUCUCCAGGUUACAGAAGGAGAACGAAUGCAAAAGCGAGAGAGUGAAAAUCCUGGAACAAGAGCUGCUAGAAAACAAAGAUGUUCAGGACAACCUCCAGGCUGAGGUCAAAAAGCUGAACGGUGUCAUCAAGGAAUUGGAGGAGAAGGAAAAGGAGAGCUCACUGAAACACAACGAGAAGACCGACACUGAGCUGUGCCAGAAAAAGGCCUAUCUAGCCAAGAGAGAGGCAGAGCUUGCUGCUAAGGAGGCGGAGCUUGCUGCGGUCCAACAGGAAGCGCAGGAGUCACGGAGGAGAGAGGUGGAGAGGAGGCGAGAGCUACUGGCGGUAGCCGAGGAAGCCAUCGCUCAGAAAGAUGCAGAACUUCAGAAGCGACAGGCGGAGAUGACUAGGCUGAAGGACGAGAUGAAGUGCAGCAGUGAGAAGUUGUCGAGUCUCUCCUUAGACGUGCAGAGGAGAGAGGAUGAGUCGUCUGAUCUGAGGGAGAAACUCGUCGACUCGAAGAAACAGAUUCAGCAGGUGCAGAGGGAGAUCUGCUCCCUACGCGAUGUAGAGAAAUCUCUGAAACAGAAACUGAGUGAUGUGGAGAAGAUGAAGUCACAGCUCCAGAGCGAACUCUCGGCUCGAGAUCGCACCAUCCAGCAGCUCAAGAGCUCACGUUCUUCUGCUUCUAAGAACGAAGAUCUCGCCCAAGCUCUUAAAGAUCUGCAGGAGCGUCAGCGUGUGAUCGAGGAGAUGCGUUUGGUUCUCAGUGAGCAGGAGGAGACUCAGACUGAGAUGGACCUGGAGCUGGAGAACAGAGAAGCUCAGAUCCAGCGGCUCACAGAGGAGCUGGAGAACCUGAAAGAGCUGCUCCUCAAACAAAGGAACAGUAAACCGUUAACUCCUCAUGAGCCGGCGCACAGUGAUGACAUCACACGGGCCAAAGAGGAAGCAGCACGGGCUCAGGGUGCCCUGGAGACAGUCAAUGAGAAGCAUCAGGCCGAGCGUAAGAAGUGGGCGGAGGAAAAGCUGGUCCUGAUCUCUCAGGCAAAGGACGCAGAGGAGAGAAGGAACCAGGACAUGAGGCGUUACGCUGAGGACAGAGAGAGACACGUCCGCCAACACACUGAGAUGGAGUCGCUAAACGCCCGUCUGGCUGAGCGUGAGCAGGAGAUGGACGAGUGGAGGAAGGAGAGAGACACACUUGUCUCUGCUCUGGAGGUCCAGCUGAAGAAAUUGGUCUCCACUAUCGUAGAGAAGGACGAGCAGAUCCGGGAGCUGAAGCACACUGAUGCUCUUCAGCCAGCAGAGGAGCAAAUGAAGGAGGCGGAGCUUAAACUACUUAGAGAGCAGCUGAGAGAGAAGAAUCACACACACACUACAGAGUCAUCUACACAGACCGUUGUAGUGGAGGAGUGUGUAUCUAAGCAGACGGUGGACAGCACCACUCUGAAACACACGGGUCGAACCCGAGCCUCCGUCACCAGUCAGGGUUCCUGCAGCAGCGGCCCGUCCGUGUUGGACUCGUCUGUCAUCUCCAUGGAAACGGGUCGGUGUUCUCGGUUCCCACGUCCCGAGCUGGAGAUCUCCUUCAGUUCCCUGCAUCCCGAACGCUUCCGACUGAAACGCCCCGGAGAGACUGGAGAGAUCACGGUCAACGUCUCCCACACACAAAACACACGCAAGAGGAAGAGCAGCGAGGUGGAGAGGAAGCGACGCAGCAGCAAAAAGACCAAAGCGAGACCCUGGGCGGCUCCUCAGGAUGGAGUGGAGAGUGAGAACAGGAGGAAUGUGAGGUGUAAGAACGUUCCCAGUCUCCCUGUACACCAGGAGGAGGAGAUGUCUCCUGCUCAAGUUGGAAAAAGUUCCCAUGAUUCCCAGUUGAGUCUGAAAGGGAAAAAGGAGGGAAAGUUGCAGAAGAUUGGAGAUUUCCUGAACAGCUCCCCAACAAUCCUGGGCAGUAAAGCUAAGAGGAUUAUGGGGUUAAUGAGUGGAAGGUCUCCGGAUGAAGGCGGCGCGUCACUGAGUCUGAAACGCUCCAAACAAAAGAUUAACAUCUCCUCGCCUAUGAACAUCUCCGCUAAUCAGAUCAUCAGAGACGUGGAGGAGAAAGAGGAUCAGCUGAACAUCAAAAAGCGACUUCGCACCAAGACCCCCAAGUAGAACUUUCUCCUCCAUCAUGGGCACGACAUCAUCGCCGUGACAUCAUCAGCGCUACGACUUUCAAAACGUCCUCAGCAUCAUCCUGACAUCAUCGGUGCUACGGCAACAUCGCCGCUGUUCUGACCAUUUUUGUCAAUUACAUCACCAAUAUAAUAUCAAUGCUACGCCAUCUACGCUAUGACGCGUUGUUGCGUCAACUUCAUCAAUAUGACAUCAUCUAGGAUUAGGGUUAGUCGUUAUGAUGUCCUUAGCUCUAUUACAUCAUCAGUGUUACAUUGCUGUUGCAUUUCUGUAUAACCGGUACAGCAUUGUCAUCACAUCGACGUCAUGACGACGUUAUCACCACCAUUGCCACGCCAUCAUCACUACGAUACUAUCAUUCUUGCGUCGACGUUGUCGCUAUGAUAUCAUUUAUGCUAUGAGCUUGUUGCUACGAUAACGCAAUCACCAUGACAUCAUUGCUACCACCUUGUCAAUGUGAUAUCAACACUAUGACAUCAUUGUUGAAACGCCGUAGCUAUGAUCACAUAAUCACUACGACAUCACUACAUCAUCUCCUCCUCUCACCAGCACUUUUUUAUCCUUCCUGUUUUUAUUGCACGUUUAUCCUAAAUCACUUGGUGUUUUAUACUGUAUUAUAUAUCAGUGUUUUAUUUCUGUACCUUUUACUUCAUCAGCUUUAAAACUAAUGAUAUACAUAAAGCUACAGGGGGAAUUUCGUUUUGUUUCUAUGACGAUUGUUUAUUCAGAAUGUCUGGAUAAAUAAAUGAAUGAAUAAUCAAA